AUGGGCAAGCCUUCCGUUAGCACCUACAGCUCCCAAGUCGAGCAGUUCAGCUACCGCGAACCCGAUGAAGAGGAUUCGCGGCCAGAUGCGCUGGAGGAACUCAUCGAACAGAAGAUUGCCGAAAAGGACAGCCUGGACAGGAUCCUGCAGUUGUGUGCCGACGCUUGCCUGGCCUACCGGGAACAGGGCGAGAGAUGGAAAGAAGCUCACAUGCUCUGCACCAUGGCAGGGGUGUGCCUGGAGUUUCAGCAGGUGGAGCAGGCGGAGCAUCACGCCCGCAGCGCCGUUCGCCUUGCAAAUGGCCUUGGGGACAGGGCCGCCCGCAGUGAAGCGCUGAACAUCCUCGCCUCGGUCUUCCUUGUGCAGCCGGAGCAGUCCGAGAAGGCCGUCAUGAUUCUGCAGCAGGAGCAAGCAGCCUGCAUAGAUGAACGUGACGAACUUGGAGAGGCGAUGUGCAUGCUCUCCCUUGCCAACGUCUAUAUGGAGCUGGGCAGACCGAAAUUGGUCAUCUCUGCGGCAGAGGAUGCACGAAGAAUCUUCAAGUCCUCCAAGGAUCCGUGUGGGCACCGAGCUGUUGCUGGCAAGUGA